AAAUGCUUCACUUGAUUUGAAAUCAACAUCCUUAGAUGAAGCUUAAUAGUAUGUAAUGUGAAGUUGUUUUCUAUAAAUGUGGUGCAUAUCAAAUUCCGAAUCUCCACACAAUCUAAGACCAAACAUGGAGAAUCUUGGUAUCCUAAUGUCACUGUUUUUCCUCUUCUCCUUCUCCACUUCCCUUCACCCAUCUUCUCAUUCUAAUCUCCAAAACCACUGCCUUGAUGACCAGAGGUCUACUUUGCUACAAUUGCAGCAUCAUCUCUACUAUGCCCCAAACUUCACUUUCUCUUCCAAACUUGACCUCUGGGAUCCCAAUACCCGUUGUUGCUCUUGGAAAGGAGUUACAUGUGAUGCUCUUGGUCAUGUCAUUGGGAUUGAUCUCAGUUGCAAAAACCUUUCAGGCAGCUUUCACUCCAUUUUCAAUCUCCAUCAUCUCCAACGCCUUAAUCUUGCUGGAAACAAUUUUAAUACCACUUUGUUUCAGUAUGGGUUUGGAAAACUCCCAAAUUUAACUCAUCUCAACCUCUCGGCCUCAUGUUUUCAUAGCCAAAUUCCGGUGGGGAUUUCAUACUUAACAAGGUUAGUCUCUCUUAACCUAUCUUAUCAAGAUGAUUGCUAUUGGAGAAAUGAUCAAAGUUUUGCUUCAUUUGACCCUACUUUGAAACUAGAGAAACCAAACUUCAAGACAUUCAUAAAGAACAUGAGGUCUCUCAGAGAGUUGUAUUUGGAUGGAGUGAAUAUUUCAAGUCAAAGUAGUGAAUGGUGUGAAACCACAUCGUUGUCACUUCCCAAGCUGAGUGUUUUAAGCAUGUCAGGCUGUGGUUUGACCGGUCCAUUUUGUUCAUCACUCUUAAACCUUCGUUAUCUUUCUAAACUUAACCUUGAUUCUAACCCAAUCUCUUAUUUGCCUCCCAAGUUCUCGAAAAUUUCCUCUCCAUUGGUUUCUCUUCGUUUAGUAGAUUGCAAUUUGAGUGGGCAUUUUCCAGCAGAAUUUUUCUUAUUGCCCAAAAUGCAAAGAAUUGAUAUUUCAGACAACUCUCGUCUCAUGGGCCAAUUGCCAGAAUUUCCAAUUAACAACACUUUAGAGGUGUUGUCAUUGCAAUAUACUAAUUUUUCUGGAUCCAUUCCAGCAUCAAUUGCAAAUCUCAGUAACCUUGUGGAAUUGGAUCUAAGUGAUAACAAUUUCAAUGGUUCAAUCCCUCCAUUUCAUAGAUCUGGAGUUCCAAAUCUUGCAUCUCUUGAUUUGUCAUGGAACCACCUUUCUGGAUCAAUACCUUCUUCCUUAUUUACUCUUUCAACAUUGCAAACCCUCUCUCUUGGAUACAACAGCUUUAGUGAUUGCCAAUUAAAGCUUGACAUGUUUCUCCAACUCAGCAACUUAACGCGUCUCGACCUAUCCAACAUCAGCUUGUUUAUUGGAAGCAACAACAAAAUCCGUACUUUACCCCAAUUAGAGUCUCUAUACCUAAGGUCAUGCAACCUUACUGAAUUUCCUGAAUUCAUCAAAAGCCAAAACAAGUUGACUGACCUAGAUCUUUCUAACAACCGAAUCCACGGUCUUGUUCUAAAUUGGUUGUGGAAGAGCACACUUGAAAUAUUAGACCUUUCUUCCAAUGCGAUUGACAUUCCGAAUCAGUUUCCUUUUGAUGAUGCAAAUUCCUCCUUUCCAAUGCUGAGAUCGUUGUUUUUGGAAUCUUGUAAUAUAAGUACGUUUCCAGCAUUUCUAAAGAGUCAAGAGAGCUUAGAAGAACUUGACCUUUCAAAUAACCAAAUAAGCGGGGCAGUACCAAAUUGGUUGUGGAAGAGCACACUUAUAUUCGUAGACCUUUCUUCCAAUGCGAUUGACAUUCCGAAUCAGUUUCCUUUUGAUGAUGCAAAUUCCUCCUUUCCAAUGCUGAUUUCGUUGCGUUUGAGAUCCUGUAAUAUAAGUACGUUUCCAGCAUUUCUAAAGAGUCAAGAGAGCUUAGAAGAACUUGACCUUUCAAACAACCAAAUAAGCGGGGCCGUACCAAAUUGGGUGUGGAAGAAAAGUUUGCAAUAUUUGGAUCUUUCCAACAAUUCUCUAACAUCUUUGGACCAAUUUUCAUCCAAUCAAGACUCUUUACAAAUACCUAUUUGUAAUUUGAGUCAACUUAAGACUUUUGCUGCUUCCUUCAACAAAUUGAGUGGCUCAAUCCCAAGUUGCUUAGGCAAUAUCAGUAGUCUUGAGUAUUUAGAUCUACAGCAAAAUAGUUUCAGUGGUAGCAUACCAGAUUUUGGAGGAGCAACCCAACUGUCCACUCUUGAACUCAAUGACAAUAAAUUGGAAGGGAAGUUGCCGAGGUCAUUAGCCAAUUGCACAAUGCUCUAUGUUUUAAACCUCGAAAACAAUACUCUGCACGACACAUUCCCUUUGUGGUUGGGAAAAUUGCCUGUCUUGACGCUUCUUAUACUGCGAGCAAAUAGGUUUUAUGGUCCAAUUAAACAUUUGGAAAAUAAUUUUCCAGUAUUGGAUGUAUUAGACAUAGCUUCUAAUAACUUUUCUGGUCAUUUAUCAAUUAAAUUCUUUCAUGCCACUCAUCAGCUAAGGUCACUCAAAAUCGGUGGGAACAAAUUAGAAGGGAAGUUGCCAAGGUCAUUGGCCAAUUGCAAAAAGCUUGAAGUUUUGGAUGUUGGGAAAAAUAUGAUACAUGACACUUUUCCUAACUGGUUAGUGAAAUUGCCUUCUUUGAUGGUUCUUAUACUAAGAUCCAACAAAUUUUAUGGUUCAAUUCAUUUUUCCGGAGAUGGAAAUGCUUUCCCAAUGUUACAUAUACUGGAUCUUGCUUCCAAUAACUUUUCGGGUGAGGUAUCUGUUGAAUUUUUUCAAUCUUUGAGGGCAAUGAUGGUGAUUGACGGCAACAAAUCUAAGCCAAGUUAUGUUGGAGAUAAUUCUUAUUAUCAAGAUUCAGUGACAAUUGUGAAUAAAGGGUUUGAAAUUAAUUACCAGAAAAUCUUAACCCUGCUUACUUGUCUUGACCUCUCCAAUAAUAACUUCCAUGGGAGAAUAUUAGAAGAAAUACAAGACCUCAAGUCACUCCAUGUGCUAAACUUGUCCUACAACAGCUUCUUUGACUCCAUUCCUUCAGCAUUAGGAAGCUUAACAGAGCUUGAGUCAUUGGAUCUCUCCUUCAACAAACUCUUCGGGAAGAUUCCUCCACAGCUUACAAGCCUUACUUUUCUUGCAGCGCUGAAUCUCUCUUACAACCAACUUGAGGGAAGCAUACCACAAAGCAACCAAUUUGGUACAUUUUUAAAUGAUUCCUACAUAGGAAACCCAAGAUUGUGUGGGGUUCCUCUGAUGAAGAAGUGCAAUGAAGUUGGUUCGCAAAUGCUGCCGCCAAAGGUUGGUGAAGAUUCGUGGAUAGAUUGUUUAUCUGUUUGGAAAGUUGUGUUGAUGGGGUAUGGAUGUGGAUUGGUGAUAGGAUUUUCAAUUGGGUAUACAGUGCUAAAUGAGUUUGGGAACAAAUGGAUGGCUAGUUUUAUUCGAAACUGGAAUCGGAAACGAAGAAGAUCUAUGUGACUCAAUCAAAACUGAAAUUCCAAUGUCCUUUGUGCAAGAAACUAAUACAAGUCGUUGUAUGUUAGCACAACCAUUAGACGUGUGGAGAAAUGUGAACAGAGGAGUAAAUAACAUAAGAGUUGCUGGAAGUACCGUUGGAUUUUCAUAGCGAUUGAUAAAGGGGAUAGGUGAAAGGGAGAGUAAUGCAAUGAUGAGUCCAAGAUAAGAAUGAGAUACUGAUUCUAUCAUCUUGGUGGAGAUGAAGAGAGAUAUAGCAGUGAAUUAUUGUGGAUCGAGGUUUCUGAUCCAAGAGACCUUUGUUUGAAGGAAUCCAUUGUUUGCUGCAUUUUUCAUUUUCUAAUGGUUAAUUUCAAAUCCAAGUGCAUAUGCUUCUCUGCAUUUGACAGGUUUUCCUCAAGCCCUUUAUAGCUAAUUACAUUGUGAUGUUUUAUUCCCCAUAGGUGUGAAUAAAUCAAAUAUUUUUAAGAGGGUCUAAAAUUAAAAAGAACCACAUUCUUAAAAUAUUGUCUACUCAAUCAAUUGAUUUAAUUUUAGCAUUAAAAUGAAAUGGUAAUAGCUUCUUAUUAGAUGAGUACCUCAUUUUCUUUUGCUUAACCUCAUUUGUUGUUCUUACUAAAUUGAGCUUAUGUGUAUAUAUAGACUUGGUUGUAUUUAGUAUAAAGAAGUAACUUCAUCCUUGUAAUUAUCUGGCCAAUGAUGUGAAAGUAUAUUAGAGUCUUUUAUGAUCUCUGAGUAACUAAUCCAUAAUAGAAAUUAUAAUUGUAGAUAUCUAUGUAAAAUUACUUAUUUUUCCAGUAUCAUUUAAUUACAAUUUAGUGCAGGGACCAAACUAGAUGGCAUCUUGGUGAUUCGAUGAAUGAGUUGUAUUAUUUGAGAUUUGGUUUUUACAUGCUCUGUUUCACUGUCAUUAUGGUGCAACUUUGGUUAUGAACACUGAAUGUGACUGGCAUAUCCAAGUGUUGUUUUAAUAACUUGUAUGGAUGCCAUCACUCUCUUCCUGAUGGUUCGUUGAGAGCUACCAAUGUCACGUUUGUUGGCAAGGAUGUUGUUUGUCUGUGGUUAUGGUGAUGUUGGCAAGGGCAGUGCUGAUGCAUUGAAGCAAGCGGGUGCUCACCUAAUCGUCAAUGAGAUUGAUCCUAAAUGUGCCCUUCAGGUUCUAAUGGUAGGACUCUUGAGGAUGUUGUUUUGGGGCUGAUAUCUUUGUCACAACAACUGGUAACAAGGACAUCAUCAUGGUUAACCACAUAAGGAAGAUGGAGGACAAUGGUGAUCAUUUUGAUAAGGAAAUCGCCAUGCAUGAUCCCGAGAACUAUCCUGGUGUCAAGCGUAUUACCGUCAAACCUCAAAUCCAUAGGUGGAUCUUCCCUGAAACAAACACCAGCAUCACUAAGUCGGCAGAGGAUAUCUGAUGAACUUCCUAGCUUUGUUAUGUCAUGGUGGUUCAGGAACCAGGUGAUGGUCGAACUGAAGCUCUGGAAGGAGAAGAGAAGCAGAAAUAGAGGAGUGAUGAAGAUAUGAGUCCAAACAUAAGAAUGAUAUUGUUUGUAUGUUCAUAUUCUUUUCCAGUGAACUUCCUCAAGUCUUAUAGAUAAAGACUGCAAUUGUGGAUAAAAUGAGCAUCUUGAAUUUUCAUUCCAUCUUCUUUCUUUGGCUUGGCCUAAUCUUUUGUUCUUUCUAAACGGACUUGAUGAAAUGAAUCCAUUUUGUUUUUCAUUUAAA